UGGUGAAACUGUCAUCGUCAAAUCUGCGCCCUCACUUACACACUAUCCGAGUCCAGCCUUUGUUUCGCCGGAAUCCUAAGGCCAUCGCCUUGGAGACAGUCACCGUUGGUUCAUUGCCUGUUCAUUCUCCACCUUCAGUUACAGAGUGCUUCACUUGAAGUGAUCCAUCAUGGAAAUGAACGAUUUCUUCUAUUCUUCCAACCAGCCUUCUUACGUGGUCAUGAGUGAAUCUGGCCGUGCGUAUUAUGGGCGUCGCCCUCGCGUAGUAGAACUGCUAGUGCCCAUGUGCUGUACUAAAUGCGAGGAGAAAGUGCGGGAGAGCUUGGUGAGUCUUGAAGGAGUGCAAAGGGUGUUGGUGAAUCCAAGCACGCAGCUCGUCACAGUGACGGGCUUUGUGGAUCCCUUGAGAGCGCUGAAGAAGGUGAGGAAGGUGAAGAAGAACUCACAGCCACUGUCGCACGAUUCAUCUGCGAAGUACCCAUCGUCCAUGAAGAAUUCCCGAAGUGAGUACCGAACUUCGUCAUAUCAAGCGCCGAUGCCGUACAGGUACCAUCAUCGACCCGCUCCGGUCUACCAGACCUCAUACAACCGCCACACGCCUUCGAUCGCGCAGAGAGUCCAUUACGCCCCACGGCCAAUGUACGACGACAUCGACAGCCGUGUGAUCACUAAUCCUCGCUACUUCAAGCACAUCGAGUCGGAAGUGUGGCCGCACCACUAAGAAAAAUCAUAACCUAGGUUAUUACAACGCCUCUCCAGAUGGUAAAAGAAAACCUUGCUAGGAUUUUCCAAACUACUCUUCCAGUGACUUGUUUAAAUCGUUUCCUGAUCACAACCUCUCUGUACACUGUCAGUCUCAUGAGCUGUACAUUCUGCUGCGUUUUAAGAGUAACUGUCUUGGUUUUGCCAGUACGCGAUGGCAUGGGCGGCCUCAUAUGUUUUUUUUCACUCUUUUGAGAGCUGCUGCAGCUUUGUGAGAGCAUUCCAGUCCGAAUCGAUUAGGAUCGUACCAAGAAUGCCAAUUGUGUAAAGUUUUGUUCAAGAGCUUUUUGUGAAUGCUCAUCGAUGGCCUGGAAUUUAAUCCAAAACUCGAGUACCAUUUUCGUGAA